AUGGAUGAAAAGGAAAUAGAAGAUGUGGCAGUAGUAGAGAAAGAUGGAGAAACUUCGAAACCUGUCAAAAAAACAGGUCGUAAAACGAAGCCGAAAACUACAGAUGGAUAUGAGCAGUACGAAAAGGAUAAAAUCAUUGAAUUCAUAUCACUCGUGGAAAUGAGACCGGAGUUGUAUGACAUGUCAUUAAAUCCGAGUCACCGAAAAGAAGUAUCUUUGAAACUAUUCGAUCACAUUGAAGAAGAGUGUAAGGCAUUUAUGCCACGUGGGAAACACGCGCACGGUUCCACCGCACAAAAAAUAUGGGAUGAGCUGGUGAAGGAUUAUAACAAGUAUGUGAAGAGAGUUGAGAAGAUUCGAACUGGUUCCGCAGCUUGCUCUUCUUCGGCCAAUUUUGAAUUUGCAGUUUAUAUGACGUUUCUGGAUGGGCCACGUCACAAACGUCAAGUAAAGAAUUCUUAUAUGAUUGGUGACGAUCAGUCUCCAGUUAUGGAAGAUUUAAGUGAUAACGAAAACUGGGAACCUUUUGGAUGCAAAUCUCUCUCGAGUUCAACACCGAAAAGUUCUGGAAUUCAGUCUCUCUCGAUUUUAACACCGAAAACUUCUGGAUCUGAGUCUCUGUCGAGUUCAACUCCGAAAACUUCUGGAUCUCAUUCUCUGUCGAAUUCUACACCCAAAAGAAAAAUGUUUGAUCCAUUGGAACCUGAGGAUACACCAAAAAGAUCAAAAAAAAUGAAUAAAAUGGAGAUUUUGAUGAGUGAACUGAAUGAAUCGAAUGAUGUAAUCGCAGAAGCAAUGAAACAAGUAAUGGAUGAUAGCAAAGGGAAAAAAUGCGAAACGGAAGACAUCUGCUCGAUGUUUGCUCAAAAGACGGCCCAUUGGCCGGAAAUGGACAGAAUUCUAGCCAAGGCCAAAGUUGUCUCAUUCAUCGGUUCGCUGAAAUUGCCAGGCCCAGAAGCUAUACCAUCCAAUUAUGGACAAAUGAAUUAUGAAAGAAGACAGAUGGAUGGUGACAUGUACAAUGGUCGAAUUUCUAAUUAUCACAAUUCUUAUCAAAAUUCAACUUAUGAUCCGUUGACUCAGUUCGAAGACAAUUUUCGGCCAUUUUAA